AUGUCACUGAACUCUUAUAUUCGCCCUGGGGACAAUCCCGAUUUGACCGAAGAAAGAGAAAAGGGAAUUUUCCCGACAAAUGAGAUGACACAAGUCAUUCAUGGAAGAGAGCUCAGUGAAAGGAGGAAACAAUUGACUGCGUAUAUUGAACGGUCACCCGCGCUUCACGAUGCUGGUGAACAAGCAUUCAUGACCCGCGAAGAGAAAUACGAAGAUGCAAGCAGAAAAAUGGCUGAGAUCUUCAAGAAAAUCAAGGAGAUCGGAAGUGCGCCUGGAGAGGAAUCUUUUGCUCAUAUCGUAAAUGAAGUGAUUGGAAUUGAUGGACACCCAUUGGCCCUUCAACAAAUAAUGUUCAUCCCAUCUCUCCUUGGGCAAGCUGACGAGGCACUUUUGGCAAAAUUUGGAGAUCGAGCUAAACGCGGCGAGAUCAUUGGAACGUAUGCCCAGACGGAGAUGGGACAUGGAACAAAUCUGAGAUUCCUCGAAACAACUGCCCAUUUUGAUAAAGCAACUCAAGAGUUCAUCAUUAACAGCCCCACAACUUCUUCUAUCAAAUGGUGGCCAGGCAAUCUCGGCAAAUCGUCAAACUAUGCAAUUGUGGCCGCUCAGCUAUUUUUGGAUGGAAAGAAAAUGGGACCGCAUAACUUUUUGGUUCAAUUGAGAGAUGAAAAGACACAUAUGCCAAUGAAAGGUGUGAUGGUGGGUGAUAUUGGGCCAAAGUUUAGCUACAAUACCACCGAUAAUGGUUUCCUCAAAUUGGAUCAUGUGAGAAUCCCGAGAAGUCAAAUGUUGAUGAGACAUGCUAAGGUUCAACCCGAUGGAACCUAUGUGAAACCACCACAUGCAAAAAUUGGAUAUGCAGCUAUGGUUCAUGUGAGAGCUUACAUGAUCCGUUCACAAGCUCAUUUCUUGGCUCUAGCCACAACAAUCGCUAUUCGAUACUCGGCCACUAGACGACAAGGAGAGAUAAAACCUGGAGCUGGAGAGGUGAAAAUCUUGGACUAUCAAACGCAACAACAUCGUCUUUUCCCACAAAUCGCGAGAACUUAUGCUUAUUACUUUGCGGGAUCGGAAGUGUUGGCUCUUUACAAGAAAACAUUGGAAAUGAUCAAAGAAGGAGAUGUCACACUGAUGGCCGAUCUUCAUGCUGUGACUUCUGGAAUGAAAGCUGUCGUCUCAUUUGAGGUUGGACAAGGAGUUGAGCAAUGUCGAAUGGCUUGUGGAGGUCAUGGAUACAGUGCUGCGAGUCGAUUCCCGGAAAUUUAUGGUGUGCAAAUCGGUGGUGUCACUUAUGAAGGCGAGAAUAUGGUGAUGUUGCUUCAAUUGGCUCGAUACCUGAUGAAGGCAGCAGAACAAGCAAAGAAAGGCGAAAAGCUCUCUCCAUUGACUGAAUAUCUCAACAAGAAGAAUGGGAAAUCACAGCUUUGUGCAAACUCGGCAAAUAAUGCACAAUAUCUCAUCGAAGCUUUUGAACACAUUGCUCGUCGAUUGGUAUUGAGAGCUUUUGAUCGAAUGAAUUCUCUUCGUCAAAAAGGGCUCUCAAAGGAGGAUGCAUGGCAAGCAAAUGCUGUUGAAAUGAAUCGGGCUUCUCGAGCGCACACUCGACUUUUCAUCGCGAGAGCCUUCUAUAACCGGCUUCAUACGAACAAAGUCGAUGACAAGAGAAUUCAUCAAGUUCUCACCGAUCUUUGCUUCCUUUUCCUCAACUAUGAACUCCUUGACAUGAGCCAUUAUUUGUUGGAGGACAAUUACAUGAGCGCUGAUCAAAUUGGUGUUAUUCGUGAAAGUGUUUACAAUCAAUUAAAGAAAAUCCGCCCAAAUGCUGUUUCAUUGGUUGAUUCCUAUGAUAUCUCUGAUCGUGAAUUGAGAAGUGUUUUGGGACGAAGAGAUGGAAAUGUUUAUGAAAAUCUUCUCAAAUGGGCUAAAGCAAAUCCACUCAAUAAAGAAGAGGUUCUGCCCGGAUUUGCCAAGCAUUUGCAACCGAUGAUGGAAAGAGCUCGAGAGAAUAGCAAACUU